AACAGUUAGUUAGUACAAAAAAUAAAUGCAAAUGUCAAUUUGUCAAAAUGUUUACAAAAUUACAAUGAAUUAGUAGCCAUUGAAUCAUUGGAUGGCACUGGAAUUAUACAGGAACUGGAUCUAAAUGGUCGGGAUAAUCAUGACCCUCGAUCACAAACUUCAGCAGCAAAGCUAUGAUUGAAAGAAGCCGAGGAUGACUGGUUUUCAUCUUUACCGCUUUGUCAACAGUAAGAUUCUGUGCCUUCUACUCUUGUACUUUGUCCAAGGAAUUCCUUAUGGCUUCCAGGCUGGAUUCUUGCCGAUCUUUCUCCGGUCUCAAGGCACAUCUCUAACCAGCGUUGGUUUCUUCAAGAUCCUCCUGCUACCCUGGAUGCUGAAGGUUCUCUGGGCUCCUCUCCUAGAAUGCUACACCUCUCGACGAACCGGUUUAAUCUGCAGCCUCGUUGCCAUGGUAUUGGCAUGGGCUUUUGGCGCUUGUAUCUCUCCGGAACAGACGGUCCUUCUGUGUGUAAUCGUCUUCUGUUUGAACCUAACAGCGUCAAUGCAGGACGUCAUUGUAGACGCCAUAGCGAUUGGGAUACUUAGAGAGUCAGAACUGGGAGCUGGCAACACCGCACAGGUCGUUGGCUAUAAAGUAGGAUCCAUUGUCGGGGGAGGGGUGUUCAUCUGGCUGAUCGUGUACAUUGGGUGGCAGGGUUUGUUCAUUUCGAUAUCAGGACUUUAUGUUGUGACAACGUUUCUUGUAAUGCAGCUGGAUGAUUUAAAACGGUGCAAUAUUGACAAAAGCAAGACUAGUAACAGUGUUUCUAUUGGCCAAGUCCACGGUCAGCAAGAGGGGGUGGGAGUAACACAGGAGGAUGACUUCAAGGGACAAUCUUUCACACACCUCAUUAGGGAUAUUGUGACCACCCCUCACACAAAGUGGAUGAUGAUCUUUGUAACAUUUUAUAAAUUAGGUGAAAUGGGUUCCAUUGGAAUGUUUCCUCUCUACCUGGUGGACCAUGGGAUACCAGUCGGUGAGGUCGGUUUCCUAACAGGGGUCAUAAGUCAAGGGUUAUCCAUUUUGGGGUCGCUGGCUGGGGGCUGGAUGCUUUCCAAUCAACAGCUAAGUUUGACGCCAUCUCAUCUUCUCCCAGUUCUAUUCAAGUUGAGGCUCCUUCCACUUCUUCUUCAGACAGCUGUGAUCUGUUUUAAUCAACCAAAUGAAGUUAUUCCUUUAUAUGGUUUAUGCCUCGUUGCCAUGUGCCUCCUUCAACUCAUAGGGGGCGCUAUAACGAUCUGCACCUUCACCUUGAUGAUGCAAUGCUCCCAGCAGGCACCACACCGUAUUCAAGCAACACACUACACAGCCUUAGCAACCAUUGAAGUGAUGGGUAAAUUAGUUUUUAUGUCGGUGGCUGGUUGGCUCGUUGACUGGUUGGGAUACGGCAAGAUGUUCUGUUUGUUUCUCUCACUAUCUGUCGGUGUACUCGCAAUGUUGAGACCGGAAAUAAAAGCUUAUUUAUCGUAAAGCAACUGCUUGGAUAUCCAUUGCCUCAGGAAUAAAAUGAUAUGUAUUUUGUUUAUUUAAUAGGUGUAAUAAUUGUGUCAGGAGUAAAGAAUACUAUCUUUGUUCUUAUCUUUAACAUUAUAAGGACUGUAUUACAUGGUGCUUUUGUGGACAAAAAUCCAAAAAACUUAUCCAUCUGAAGCAAUGGUGUUGGGAAAGACCUAUGACGAUCCUUUUUAAAGAAACAAACAGCAACUGCAGCACACAGUCUAAGUGUCCUUGUGGCCACCUGGCAUGUGACCCUCCAGUUGAGUGCAAUAAUGAAUGACCAUGCGCAGUAACCAGAAGGCAACACAAGGAUAAUUGCUUUAAAGCCAUUAAACACUUUCGGAACAGAAUUUUUUUGUUAAGUUCACAGAUUCACAAUGACUUACA